AUGAACGUGGGUGACCUGUGUUGCUGGGCUAAGGACUCGCAAAUCAACAAUACCACAGCUGUGCUGCGAGGUUUGAUAUAUUCACUUGUUUAUCAGCAGCCAUCGUUUAUUUUGCAUAUCCAGAAGAAGCAUGAUCACGCAGGCAAAGCGCUCUUUAAGAUACAAAUUACAUACUUAAUUAUUGAUGCUCUUGACAAAUGCGUAGCAGAUAUACUAAAGUUGCUGGACCUUCUUAUCAUGAUGUUGUCUAUGUCUUCCCGCGUUAAAUGGAAUAGAGCGGGAUACAAGGUGAGACUGAGCCUUAAACUGAAUGCUGAAUCCGUAUCUGCCGCUGUCCGUUUAUACAUUCUGCUUAAGAUGACACCGCUAGUGCAAGAAAAGAAGUAUGACAACAAAACAAAGGACUCUGUGCUAUCCCAUCUCUUCUUAAAUGCGAAUGACACCUUCCUAUGGGUGUCCUUAGUCCACCAAAAUAUUAGCAACCUCAUACUAUGGAAGGUACUCGCGAAGUUCAAGACGUUUCUACCUAGGAUUAACUCCCUUUACGAGCAAACGCUAGAGCAUAUACGCAACCCAGAUGAUGCUGAUCUUUGCAGGAGCAUACUAGCGUUAAUUGCAACCGCAUACCGACCUAUAACAAUAGGCGAGCUGAAUUAUCUCAUUAAGGGGCCUAAGGACAUGGCUAAUAGCAUUAAGUUAAUACGCGAGAUUAUUGGUUUUUGUGGCUCACUCGUCAUGUCUAGGACGCUACAACAAGACAUGUACAACCUAGGUGCAUUCGUAUAUCCUACUGAGCGGGUUAAACUGCCGGACCCAGACCUACUAAUAUAA